AUGGAGUCGAAGCUUGCGGAGUACCAGAGAUCGUCGCCGAGGAGAGGUUUCGGAUUCUCGAGAUCGGGAAGAGGUCAGAAACCGGCGGCGAGCAAUAAUAUCCUGGAGGCGAUAGGGCGGCUCACCGGCGGCGAGAUGACGGCGGCGGAGGAUGGGCGGGUGAAGCUCGUGGUGCGGAGGGAGGAUCUGAAGCAGGUGCUGAAGGCGAUCAAGGACGGCUGCGGGUUGGCGGGGCCGGCGGCGCUGGAGCAGCAGCUGAAUAUGUUGUGGAGGAGGCAGGUGGCAAAAGCGGCGGCCGCGGGUCAAGUGAGAGGUGGAAUUGGACGGGGUAGUUGGAAGCCUGAACUACAGAGCAUACCGGAGGAGGAACUGUAA